GCCCUGGACUUAAGUGUAACCCACUUGAUCAUCUCAGCUCUUGACCCGGAUAAAAUGACUGAUAGAACGUUUGUACGGAUACAUGACACUUAAUAUCUUACUUUUUCUACCAAUAAAAAGGGCAUUGUUUUAUAUCGAGUGUCAUUUUUUUCUUGAAGAAAAUAAGAAAAAAGAAAUUCAGCAAGAAUAACAAACUGCAUUAGAAAUGAAGCAGUUUGGAAAAUAUCUAUUUAUUCUGAUAUUUUACUAUUUUGGAGAUUUGAGUUAUGGAAAGCCAUUUGAUACUGACCUUUACCUAGAAAAGUUUGGAUACCUGGACGAGAAACAACCCGGUAAACAGCAUGAUGAACAGUCUAGGAAAAACGCAAUAGAGACGUUUCAAGAGUUUGCAGGACUCCCGGUGACAGGUCAGCUUAAUGAGGCAACUCUAAAAAAGAUGUUGGCGCCAAGAUGCGGCCUACCUGACGUCAUCAAACCGUCUGACCGGAUACCCCCCACAGGGAACAAGAAGCAUGACCUUAGACAACCAUUACAGUUUAAUGCUCCCGGAUACAAAUGGGAUAAGAAACAAGUCACGUACAAAUUUGCUGGUUUCACUCGACAGCUUCCGGCAUCAAGUCAGAGACGUGCAAUAAGGAAUGCUUUUAGCAAAUGGGAAGCUGUUAUUCCUCUUACAUUUCGGGAAGUAAGUUCCGGCAACGCUGACAUUCUUAUAAACUGGGUUUACCGUUCGCAUGGAGACGGAAGUCCUUUCGAUGGUCUUGGUGGGACAUUAGCACAUGCGUUUUUCCCUGGAGAGUCAGAUAUCAGCGGUGACACACAUUUUGACGAUCAGGAAGUUUGGACGGAGAGAAGUAAAGAGGGAACUAAUUUAGAAAUUGUGGCCGCGCAUGAACUUGGACAUGCUAUUGGUUUAGGACACAGUAAUGUUGAUGGGGCACUUAUGUUACCUUUCUACGGUGGAUAUGACCCGAACUAUAAACUGAAUUAUGAUGACAUACGUGGUGCUCAGUCGUUAUAUGGUGGAAAACAAGCCCCAAGACCAACACCAAGACCACGCCCUCCUCCAAGGCCAACAUUAAGGCCACGCCCAACAUCAAGGCCACGCCCUCCUACAAGACGCCCUGCACCGACUCAAAAACCGGACGAUGAAGAUAAAUGUAGUAUAAAAUUUGACGAUAUUGCCAAUGGACCCGAUGGUCGAUUGUAUGCGUUUAGAUAUAGAAAGGUAUAUAAAUUCAACAGUAAUGAUGUGGGUAUAGAACGAAAGUUUCCCAGAAAUGUCCGUAAAGUUUUUCCAAAGGCUCCAAACAAUAUCGGUGCUGCUGUGUACGAUAGAUUCAACAGAAAGUUCUAUAUCUUCAAAGGAAGUCGGUACUGGAGGUACAGUUAUAAUUUUCAGCUGGAUCCCGGCUAUCCUAAACGUUUACGUGGCUGGUACCGAAGUAUUCAGGCUGCACUCCAAGAGGACAACGGUGAAAUCAGAGUUCUCAAAGGCAGUGAAAUGAGUGUAUGGAGAGAGGAUUUCACAAACCCUCCACGAGGAUACCCAGUUAAUAUCAAUCGAGGCUGGCCAGGUUUAAGGUCCGAUCUGGAGGCUGCUAUACGUUAUAGAAGACAAUCAUAUUUCUUUAAGGGAGGAAAUUAUUUUAGAUACAAUGACCGGUAUAAAAAGGUCGAUUACAGAAAAGCUAAAGCGGGACCCUGGCUUGGUUGUGGACGUGUGGAGCCGAAAUGAAGAGGCUAUAAAACAUAAAAGACAUGAUGGUCCAUAUUGCAUUUAUUAAUUAUUUUAAUGUGCUUCAGUUUCAUGAUUUGCACGUUACUUAGUCAUUCUCAGAAAAUUGUGCCAGUUCAUUUUCUUUUGGAAUGAAUCGGAACUCGUUUUAGACACUCAGCGAAUGUUAGAUGAUAAAUCAUAUAUAUGUAUAAAUUUGUAUUUUCAAAGACUGUACAACAUAAAUGUUUCAUUAAAAGCAAGUGUAAAUUGUGUAAUAAACAUUUACAAGAAAU